AUGCCACACUACCCUCCCCACUUCUUGAAUGGUUCCAUAAUUGCCGUGGCGAACGGGACUCUGAAAAAAGUUGAAGACUUGACUACUGAAGAUUUCAUAGAAAGUGCCAACCUUUCCCACGAUUUGAAAAUUAACGUUAGUGAAGUGGUGCAAAUGGUCCCAAUAACUGAAAGGGACACGGUCCAGUUAAGUUUUACUGUUGGCCCUCAAAAAAUUCAGGUAACUGUAGAAUCAACACUGGAACAUCCAUUUUUCGUGUUCAACAGAGGUUGGUCUUCAUACAACCCGACACAAACGCUAAUCAGGUAUAAGUUAAAAUGCUGCCAAUUAAAUAUUGGGGAUCUGUGUAUAUCACUAACA